UAGCAUUUGCGCGAGGAAUCGUGCGCGUUAUUUCCAUCUGCUCGAUUCUUAUGCUGACUGUUGCGCGCAGCAGAUAUCCUACGUCGUAAUCGAAGCCACUCUCCCUCCCUCAUACCCCUUUGAACCGCAUUCGCAACCGCCACAAUGGCCGCCCAAGUACAGCCACACACAGAUCCUAGCGGUGCGGAAGGCAUUGGGCCUGGUCCGCAGCUUGUUAGCACCGCGCCUGGCCUGGAGGUCUUGGUGGGCCCGCUCCUCAACUACAGGCGCAUGAGCAAUGAGCUUGGAACGUCUACCUGGCAUGGCAGCGUGCUCGUAGUGACGAGACCCGGACAAGAGACUCCCGAGUUGACGCUGGCUCCUGUGGGCGCCGUGGAUGGAUCCAUUGAGAAGGCAUCCUUCACCGUGGGUGCCAACCGCUUCUCCGCCGACAAGCUCUACGAAGACAUCGACAAGGCAUUUUGGCGCUUUUUGAUUCAUCUGCCCUUCCAGGAAUUCGAGUCGCGCUGGCAAUAUAGCAUCAACGGCCUCACCUACGUAGAUGAGUCCAAGACGGAGAAGCCACAGGUCUUCGUUGUGCCUUCGACCUCGCAGUCGAUGCGCAUCCUGUUUCAUUCGUGCAAUGGCUUCAGCGUUGGAACCGACGUCGACGCUUGGUCUGGCCCUGCGCUGUGGAACGAUGUGCUGCGCAUGCAUGCUCAAAAGCCGUUCCACGUUAUGUUGGGCGGAGGAGAUCAGAUCUACAACGACGGGGUGCGCGUGGACGGACCCUUGAAGCCCUGGACUGCCAUCUCAAACCCGCACAAGAGACGCGAAUUCCCCUUUGGCGAGAAGAUGCGCGCCGAUUGCGAUGAAUACUAUUUCAACAACUAUGUGCGAUGGUACGGCCAUGCGCCCUUCUCCACGGCCAACGGUCAAAUUCCGCAGGUCAACAUCUGGGAUGACCAUGACAUUAUCGACGGCUUCGGCUCAUAUACGGAUCGUUUCAUGCGUUGCGCCGUUUUCAGGGGAAUUGGUGGUGUAGCGCACAAGUACUAUCUGUUAUUCCAGCAACACAUGGCACCGCCGAAGAGCACAUACACCACGGAUGCGCCCCAGACGACGAGUGCCGGACCAGAAGGCACCGAUGUCGACCCUGAACAACUCAAGAAGACGUUUGUGAUGACCAACGACGUUCAGGAUCCGUCCUACAUUGUAGGUCAGAAGCCAGGCCCGUAUGUUGAGGAAAGGAGUCGCAGCAUAUAUGCACAGCUGGGCGCUCGCAUUGCGUUCUGUGGUAUUGACGCACGUACUGAACGUACUCGGCAUCAAAUCAACUACCCGGAAACAUAUCGCAUGAUCUUCGACCGCCUGAACAAGGAAUUUUCGGCGAAUAAGGAGUUGAAGCACCUUGUCCUACUACUCGGAGUGCCCAUCGCGUAUCCGCGUCUUCAGUGGCUCGAAAACAUUCUUUCGUCCCCCAUUAUCGGCCCAAUCAAGUUUUUGAACAAGCGAUUCGGCUUUGCAGGUGGUUUGUUCAACCAGUUCGAUGGCAGUGUCGAUCUGCUCGACGAUUUGGACGACCACUACACCGCUCAUCAACACAAGCACGAGCGCCGCGAACUCAUCCACAUGCUCCAGACCUUCUCCAAGGAGCACUCCGUCCGCGUAACCAUCCUCGGUGGUGACGUCCAUCUCGCAGCCGUCGGCCGCUUCUACUCCAAUCCCAAGCUCGGCGUCCCAGCUGAGCAGGAUUUCCGCUACAUGCCCAACGUGGUCUCCUCUGCCAUCACCAACAAGCCCCCGCCCCAGGCGGUCGCGAAUUUGCUCGCUAAGCGAAACAAGAUCCACCACCUAGACCACGACACGGACGAGACGCUCCUUGAGAUCUUCGACCGCGACCCGCGGCCCGCCGACAAGGCCAACGGUGUAGUAGCCAACGGUCACGCAAACGGCGAGACCAAUGGCAACAUCGACGUUAAGAAGAAGACAGCCGACACCAACCACGCGACCAUGCCUUCGCGCAAUUACGCCAUCAUCUGCGAGUCCAAUCCCUCCGCCACGGGCACGUCUUCGGCCGCCGCGCCGCAGCCCCACGCCGUGCCUUCGUCCGCGACGAACGGCGACGCGCCGCAGCAGACGUCCGCGCCUGUCGACAAGAAGGCCAACACGCGCAAGCCGAUGCACGUCGGCGAGCAAGGCGCUGGCACCGAGCAUCCCGCCGCCAACGGUCUCACCGCCACAGGACUUUGCGGACGCUACGGACUGGAUGUGUCGCUGCGCGUGGAGAUCAGCCCGAGCGAUCGCGAGGGGCACACCGAUGGAUAUGGGUUCAGUAUCCCGGCGUUGGAGGUACCGGCGGCGGUGUAGGGUACCAGAGUCGUGGUUUUUGGCAUUGAAUCCAGGCUAUGGACGAAACAUGGGACGAGGU